UGUGACUGUUCGCGAGAAAAGGUACCUUAUGGACGUUUAUAGUUUCGAAGGUAUUGAAUGUUUUGUAAAUUUUGCAAGAAAUAAAGAUAUUUUUUUUAUUGCUUUUUAGCAAAGCAUAAGAUCUCAAAUUUAUUUCCCUAUUAUUAUUUUUUAUUUUAUGUAAAUAAUAAGUCCAUAAUGUGGUCUCAAAGUUUAGUAGAAAAGGUACCUUACGGCCGCGUGUUAAGAAACGCUAGAUGCAAACAAGUCCUGACGUGCUCCGCUUCUGUCCUUGAUGCCGCUGCAUCGUUGCAAUACUUUGUCUUUGCCGCCAGGCAUCUGUACUACUCUUACCUACGCUAAGCAUCGUUUUCUAUCUCGCUCAUCGCUAAGGAUACGGCGGCAGUCGACAACGGCACUAGUCAUUGCGUGUUCGUUUAUUCUUUCGUUCGGUUGAGUAAAAGCGUUCCUCUGCAAAUUUUAGUGUAUUUAUUAAUAAUUUGAGAUUAAAGUGCAAUAGAAAGUUCGCAUCGUGAUAAAUAAUGGAAGGAGAUAAAACUAAUUAUCCUUAUAAGAAGGGGCGUUACAUACCCGAAACGGAAUCACAAGAUAUUUUCAUGGAAGAGGAGCUAUUGGGAACUGAGUCACAAUCAGUUUUGAGUAUGUUACAAAACGUCAAUGAUGAUGGUGAAACGCAAAAUGAUCUCUCCCAAGUAAACCCAUAUUACCUUUGCGAUGAUGAGACUCAAAUUGAUACACAGAAAGAUCAAGUGGAUACAGUGGACAAGACUCUGGAUGAAGAAACUCAAAUCUACCAUCGGUCCCCAUCUCUGGCAGAAACAGGAGUGCAUACAAAUGACGAUUAUGCAGCUGAAUUCGAGUUAUUUCUCCGAGAAUAUAAUUACAAUGUAAAAGACAUUGAUCCUGAUUCAAAUAAUUUGGACUUAUUUGAACAUACAAUUACGGAAAGAAAUAUAUUGGAGGACGAUUUUAUCGAAGAAAACAAUGUAGAUGUGACAAUAAAUGAAGAUAUUUUUUUUAAGGAAGGUUGCGGUUGUGAACGACAAUGUACAAAACUCUUUCCUCGUGACGAAAUACUUGCUUCUAGACUAGAUUCCCAAAACUUAAAUGGUUACUGUGACCAACAUGUAAAUCAUCAAAAUAUUUUGUUAAUGGGGGCCUUAAACUGCUUGGCAAAUACAACUCCUGAAACAGCGAAGAAAGGCCACAAAUCUAAGACAAGAGAUAGAGCAAAUGUAGACUAUAAAUUUCGCGGGAUCUCGGUAUGUAGAUCUUUUUUUCUUUUUGUAAAUGGAGUAGGCAUGAAGAAAUUUCGAAACAUUUUGAGGCAAAUUAAAAAGAACGGAAUUGAAGUCACUGCACACAAGUCAAGCAAAACUAAUAACAAAACUCUUACAUUAGAACAGCGUGUGCAUGCUGUUACGUUCAUUAAGAACUUCUCGUUACAAAACUCACUCGUAUUGCCUGGUCGAAUGCCUUGUUAUCGUGACGUUGAUUUACACAUUUUACCCAGCAGUAUGAGCAAAACCUACAUAUAUGAGAAAUACUUAGAAGCAUGUACGAAAAAUGAAACAAAUGCCGUUGGUCGUACCUCAUGGUAUCAAAUCUGGAAAGAUUUUUGCCCAAAUAUUGUAAUACAGCAUCCACGUACGGACUUGUGCCAUGUCUGUCAUAAAAAUGUAACAACAUUAAACAAGAUGGCUUCAAUGAAUGAAGAAUCUAAGGCUAAGAUUCUUCAAGAAUCACUUAAUCAUCUAACUAAUGUUCAGACUGAAAGACAAUAUUACUCCAACUUAAUAGCUGAAAUAGCUCCAACUGUAGUCAACAUGGCUCUUGGCCCUCAUGAAGCUUGUGAUUUUGAUGGUUUGAUGCAUUAUUCGUUUGAUUUUGCUCAACAGGUUCAUUUGCCACACGAUGCACAACAAGUUGGCCCUUUAUAUUUUUUGACAGGUUAUAAGAUCGGUCUUUUCGGGAUCGCUAUAGAGCCAAUGCACAAAUUUGUACUUUAUGUAAUUCCUGAGUCAUGUGCGACAGGCAAAGGAGCGAACGUUGUUAUUUCUUUUCUCCACCAUUUUUUCGAAAACUUUGCCCUAGGAGAGACUAAAGUCGUUUGCCACGCCGAUAAUUGCGCUGGGCAAAAUAAAAACAAUUAUCUUAUACAAUACGGAUUAUGGCGGGUAAUGACAGGAAGACACAAAAGUUUUCAGCUAUCGUUUCUACCUGUAGGCCACACCAAAUUCGCACCCGACCAAUAUUUUGGUUUGUUUAAGAAGAAAUUCCGAAAAUCACAAGUCAGUACGGUAAAAGACGUUUGCGAAGCAGCUGUAACAGCAUGCCGAAUGACAAAUUCGAUUAUGUCAGUAAUGGUCGGUAACGAGGUUGGUGAUACUGUAAAUGUUAAAACGUAUGAUUGGGUUAAUUUUUUCAAAACCAAAAAACCGGCUACUGUACCAAAUUUACUCUCGUACAGCCAUUUUAAAACAGAUUUAUCUUUAGCUGGUCAAAUUGCUUGCGAAAAGUCUGCCACUGGCGAAUCUUGCGUCCAUCAUGUUAUAUUUAAAGAUACAUUUAGUAUUGACCAGAUGCCUGAAGUUAUCCAACCACAAGGCCUCUCCUACGACAGACAAAAAUAUCUAUAUGAAAAAAUUAGACAAUUUGUACCACCUGAAUCCCAAGACAUACUUUGCCCCAAGCCUUGUCUGCGCACAUCUCAAGAUCCUUUGGAAAAUCUUCCCCAAAUGCUUCUUACUCAGUCACAGCCAAGUUGUAGUGGUGUACAAUCUUUGCCAAAUACAAAACGUAAAAAGCCUACAUGCACCUAUUGUGGUGAGGUUGGUCACAGAAACCAAGUUCGCGGUGGUGUCUAUUUUUGUAAAAAAAGGCGUUCAGAACAAGAAAACCUUUAAUAUCGUGUAACUCGGCCAUAAGGACCCUUUUCUUUACAUAAAAAGUAAUUAUAUUUUUUACAGAGAUUGUAAAAAAGAACUGAUUAUGUUUGUAACGAUUUAUUACUAAAAUGAUAGAAAUAAAACCACUUAUUAGAAAAACCAUUAUCAUUAAUGUAUAAUCUUAAUUUUAUUGUAUUGACGGGUUAUAAUUUGUUACAUUAUUUCCAUAAAGUACCUUUUCUCAAAUGUAUGGAUCAAAGACUGCUAUUGUGAUGUAAGUUUAAGCUGCGAUUUAAGUGACUUAAAAAGCUAAAUUAUUGAUAUUGUCAGUGUUAUUUCAAGUGAAUGAAAGACUUUCGUUGA